GUGAGUUGUCGUGUCGGUGGUGCUGUGUCGUGUAGUGUUGUACUGUGUUGUGCGGUGUUGUGAGGUGUCGGGGUGUCGGCAUGUAGUGUCCGAGUGUAGGGAUGUCGUGUCUAUUGCACGGAAUAUGGUGGCCCGACGCCAUGCUAAGUACCUGGGUUCGUUCGCGGCGGAGAGCGCGGAUGGCGACCAUGCGGCGCGCGCGCUGCGUGUCUCCUCACAGCUACACCUUAUGACGGAGAGCGGUCGUGAGGAGCCGGUGUUGGUGGUGGUCGCACUCUCUGGAGUCCAGGUCUGCGAUCCUGACGAUCAGAGUGUGCGUAUGUCGCAUGCGUUACGACGCAUAUCGUACGCAACGUGCGAGGCGGCGCAGGCGCUGUUCGCGUUCGUGGCGCGCGAGCCGCGGCCCGGCGCGCAGCACUACUGCCACGCCUUCCGCACCGAUACGCCUCAACAGGCAGAGGAGCUGAAUUCCCUGGUGGGCAAUGCUUUCCGAAUGGCGUUCGCAUCGCAGCUGCAACCCUCCGCGCCGCUCUGGAGUAAGGAGUUGAGCAGUGCAGAUUGCGGCGCGGUGCGACCGCCGGAGUCACUGCCAGGCUUGACGCAUCACUAUCCACGUUGUUUGUCCCCGCAGAAAUGCGACAAAAUGGGCGCGUCAAAGUUAGUGAACGAGCCGAGUCCGAGCAGUUCGGAAGACAGUUCGCCCACGGAGAUUCAAGGGGGAGCGGGGAGCUACCGGCGGUUGGGGGAGAGAGCCCCGCUCAUGAGGAGACUGGCUCUCGGCUUCAGCGGGGCUCUCCUCAACCCCUCCGAUGACGACUCUACGCCGCUUGUCGCUGAUACUCCUACCACCCCAACAAACGUGCCUCUCUGCUUGAAUGGCGGUUACAUCAAUGAGGCAUCAGAAGCAGAGGCGCGGACCAGGGAAUCGAACCGGGAGACUCCACGUCGACACGUACAGAACAACCUGCAGAAUGACAUCGACACUGACUUCCGACAGUGCAACAAUUUCAAGAGUUGUCCGCCAUCGGCGACGUGUAGUCGAGGCACGUCAUCGUCCUCUGGGGGCUCCUCGUGUGGUAUCUCACAGUGCUCCGGCAACAACAACCCUCGAGUCGAGCCUGAACUGCGACAGGCUCCUUGGUUCCAACAGGGUAUUCCUAGAGAGAUUGCUCUGGAAGUGCUAAGUGGACAAGCAGUUGGCGCGUUCUUAGUGCGAGGGAGUACGACACAGCCUGCGUGUUAUGCGCUUUCCGUGCGCGUGCCCAAAGAUUUUCAGCCGUCGGGCAUUGCGCACUAUCUUAUACUUCGCACGCCUAAAGGCUAUAAGAUUAAGGGCUUCACAAAGGAGUUUACAUCGCUGACAGCCCUAGUGACGCAUCAUAGCGUGAUGCCCGAGCUUCUGCCUGUCCCGCUACGCCUUGCUAGAACCGCCACGAAUGGGGGCAGCGCACGCGCCACUCGGCGGCGCGACCACGCGGACAUAGACGCCGUGGCCCCUCACUCAACCCCCCACCACAUGCCUAAUUUUUUGACACAACUUGACGUGUAAUGUAUCAUACUAUUGAUACCAGUGACGCUUGGACACGGCCAGUGAAGUGUUAAAGUGACGAAAUGAUAAUGAUUUCUACAGAGGCGGCCCUAGGUGACGCGAGACCUCACAUUGGCUCCCCUUAAAAUACAGUUAUUUUCGUUUAGUCUACGGCCACCGAAAUAUACCUAAUUAAAUCUUUUAAAAAUGAUAUUUACGUGGCCGCAAAGAGGUCUAAUAAUAAAAAAGAGGCAAGUGUGUCCAAUCCAGUUACUCCCCUUUAGAUCUGGGGCUGCCAGCCAAGGAGGUCCCGUCUUGGCUGAUUUGGGCGCCCUACGUAAAACAGCGCCUGGUGCGACCGCACCGUUCGCGCCGCCCUAGGGCCGCCACUGGAUUUCUAUCAAGGACAUUGAGUAACCUUAAAGGUCAACUAUGGAAGGUAACGGACUGAUCAUUUUAGAAUGUAAAUGCUUCAGUUUUGUUCUGCAUAUCAGUUCUUUUUGUCGAUUCGAAUUGUGUAAUGUUGCUUUUCGUUUUCGAUGGACUCCAUACAGAUUUAUUUAAGUAUAUAAAAAAAUAAUAAAUUAUUAUUUGCGAAUAAAUAAAUAAAAUCCAACGAUACGAUACAUAUAAACGAUGCAAAUCGUCACGUUCAGUGAAUAGAAUACAUAAUUAAUUAAAAACGAAAUAUAUGCCUACAAAUACAAUGUCCCUGAAAAAUUAAAUGCAUCGUGAUCAAAAAUUCAUUGUUUAAAAAACUGCAUAUCAAAUUAAACAUUUCGAUAUUUCUGGUUAUUAUUGUCAUGUGAAAUAAAACUCAACUGUCUCUUUCUAUCUAUUUUGUUUAUCUUAAAAGAUAAACUUUCAUCAUUAAACUCAUGAUUUUUUUUCCGAUGAUUUGGUGGGAUUCCGGCCUAAGCUGAACAAAUAUGGAGUUUAUGGUUGAAUUAAAUGUUAUUUUGUAAUAUUUUUCUUAGACUGAAUGCAGCAAGUACGUGAUAGACAAAUGUUUAAGUAGAAGGAGUAGCAAAUAAUAUACUUAUCUACAUUUUUUUAGACUUUUUAAUUUGCUUAUAAUAUGGCGCAUGCUGUGAAAUCGAUGACCAUGUGAAUGAUCGCUUAAAAUGUUAAAAAAUAUUGUUGAAAAAUAUCAAUACGAAAUUAGUCAUUUUAUAUGUAUCGAAAGAAAAAAAUAGUCAUCGUUAAAAGUCAUUAAAUUAUUGUAUGUUGUCUAGUUACUGUUAAAGAUAAUCGCGUUUAUAUAUAAUAAUUGUGAUAAUAAUCAACUAGGUCGAAAGAAAUGUAAAAUAUUAUAUUGUAUUAUAAAACGUGUAUAUGAGAGAAUAGAAAUUUUGUGUCAUAAUUUUAGUUUUUUUUAAGUAAGAAGGAAUAAGGGUUUUACAUGCUACGUUCAUCAAAAACAAUACAGAUCACGUUGUACAGGUUUAGCAUGAUAAUUAAUUACCUAUUGGUGCUAAUUCCUGUAAAUACCAUCUAAUUUUAUUUUAAGUUAUAUCUGUCAUUUUCUUAUCCGCCGAAAAGGAAAGGGACGGGUAAUCGACAAGCAUAAAAUUUAUGAAACACACGUCAAUUUUAAGCACAAAUCUAAACCAACCGUCUAAAAAUUUUACGUCAGUCAAUAACCCGACACAUUAAUUUACUCAUUCUUCCUAAAAUUAAGAGCUGUGAAUCAUCCGUCCCUUUCCUUUUCGACGGAUAUGAAAAUGACGGAUAUAACUUAAAAUAAAAUUAGGCGGUGUCUGCAGGAAUCGGGGCCAUUUUCUCAUUAUUCGGCUAUAUAAUUAGUCCAAAGUACAAUGUAAUGGAUGAAGCAUAGGUACAUAAAAAUAUUUUUUGUUUGAUAUUUGGAUCACAUUACGUAUAGAAUUGAGGAGCUCGGUGGCGCAACGGUCAAUGCGCUCGGGCUGCGAUUGUUGAAGUUAAACAACUUUCGCAAAGGCCGGUCAUAGGAUGGGUGACCACAAAAAAAAAACUUCAUUUCGAGCUCCUCCGUGCUUCGGAAAGCACGUUAAGCCGUUGGUCCCGGCUGCAUUAGCAGUCGUUAAUAACCACCAAUCCGCACUGGGCCCGCGUGGUGGCUUAAGGCCCGAUCUCCCUAUCUAUCCAUAGGGAAGGCCCGUGCCCCAGCAGUGGGGACGUUAAUGGGCUGGUGAUGAUGACGUAUAGAAUUAUGUUACUACCUAUAUCGCUUGUCUUUGUUUUGUUCAGAAUAAUAAUGGGUGGGAGAUGUAAUUUAGUCUGUGUAAUAAAGAGAGUCAUCAUUUAUACCCAAAAACAAAGAUAAAAGUCGCAUAAUAUGUCUGUUAUCCAUGAAAGUAAAAUUAUAGACUAAGGAAAAACUGCACAGCGCCAUCUAUAUUGUUUUUGAGGAAUGUAGCCUGGAAAAUUCCUCAUAGUGCGAGAAUUGUUUUAUUUUGUGUAAGUUAUUUCUCAUUUUGUUGAUAGGCGAAUUUUCUCAUUUAAAGUAUAAUAAUUAUUCAUCUACGAAAACUUAUGGACUAAAUAUAACUGGACACUGUGUUUCUCGACAAGAAAUGUGAAUUGGUUUGAGCAAAUUCUUUCUUCAAGACUUUCACUGGGUCAAAGAUAAAUUGUAAAAUGCUAACAUAGAAAUAGAACCCAGUUUAAGAUGUCCUAAAUUUUUUGAACUCACAUUUUUUAUUUUAUUUUUUGAGAACUAUUCUUGACCGUUUUUAUUGAUUGUCUGUCAGUUUUGAGGUUUCGUAAAAAGUAUCUCAUUUGACUAAGUUGUAAAACAGACUGUUGUAAUUUUCAGAGUUGACUAAUUAAUGUAGACUUUUUGAAAACAGUUUCACGUUUCUACGGAAACAGAAAAAAACCCAAAAUAUCUGGAUUAUUCUUCAAAACAAGAUAGCUAUAAUUAUUUCUCGGGUAGAUUUUUUAAAAAUAUGUUUUAUAAAUGAUUAUAUUUAAUUAAAGAAAAAACUAUAUAACGAGUAUUAAGUUCAUAUUUCAUGUAAUAUCUACCAGAGAAAAUAACAAUCUCACGUUGAAGAAUGACCAUCUGGAAUAUUAUCUACAAUACGUAAGUUACAUAGGUACCUACAAAACUUUGUAAACUUAUGCAAUUGACUACUUGACAGUUUUCGGAUACGUAUUUUAAAAAUAAAAGACGCUUUUUUAUACCUCUUAAUAUAUUUUAUUUACUCGAAAAACUUAAUA